UUUGUUAUUCUAGUCGAAAGCAGACUGGUGGCGGAAGUGGAACACGAGCCCCCACAUAAAAUUGAUGAGAACAUGUGGAAGAACCGGGAACAUAUUGAGGAAAUCCUUUUUCUGCUUGAGAGAUCUCGGUGGCCAGCAGUGCUUCAACAACCAUCCACCCCUGAUGAUUCUGACUUUGCUAUUAGUCUUGAGAAGUUCAGAGAUAAAUUUCAGCAGACAUUAAAGGCAUUGGUUGCUUUCCAAUCAAAAAAUUCGGAACGUGUAUUUAACACAGUUAUGACAUACAUGCCUCAAGAUUUCCGGGGAACCCUUAUUAGACAACAAAGGGAGAGAUCAGAGAGGAAUAAGCAAGCGGAGGUUGAUUCUUUGGUUAAUUCUGGCGGAAGCAUACGUGAUCGAUAUGCUCUGUUAUGGAAACAACAAAUGGAUAGGAGGAGACAAUUAGCUCAGCUUGGUUCUGCAACAGGUGUCUACAAAACCCUUGUAAAGUACUUGGUGGGAGUUCCAGAGGUAUUACUGGAUUUUAUUCGGCAGAUAAAUGAUGAUGAUGGGCCCAUGGAAGAGCAACGGCAACGUUAUGGACCCCCUCUAUACAGUCUUACAACGCUGGUGCUAUUGAUUCGACUCUUCCUUUCACUAGUCUGGGGAAGGUUCGAAGCUUCCAAAUUAAAGAAGGAUCAGAUAGUUAUAUUGGAACAAGCAGUCCAUGUCUACACCUCUGAGUUUGAAAGGUUUCUCAUAUUUAUCAGUGAAGUUUUUGCAAAUUCCCCAUUCUUUAUUUCGGCAGAGUUAGCUGGUGCAUUGGAAGCAAGCAAAAAUGAGGACUACAGGGAAAUAAUUAUUCCAGCUGGGAGAAACUAUGAGGUUUCACUGAUCGUGGAAUCAAUCAACUCCUAUAUUGCCUGGGAUUUCUCAUUGGUGCAAGGCAAGAUGAACAUGGUAUUAUUAUUAGAUAUCAGAUCUUUUCUUUCUUUCCUCAUUAUUUCCUUUUUUUUUUUGAGGGGGGGAGGGGGCUGUCGGG